GCAGGGUCUGAGAAACUUUAACGAGUUUCAACUCCGAGCAGCUUCCGGUUCCUAAAACAUUAUUUCUCUUUUAUUUCGGCUUCCUUUUGGUUUUAUUGUUUCCCCUCCUGUCUGAACUGAACCUGGAGGAUCCGGACCAAGACCAGGACAAGGACCAAGACCAGGACCAGGAGGAUGUCCCGGGCGGAGGAGCGCGAGGAGGCGGACUGUGUGUGUUCGGUCGGGAUGAAGUUCACGUGGGACAUCAACGACCCCAAACUGCCGCAGGACACGAAGCAGUUCGACCCGUUUCAGGAGUGGACAGACGGUUACGUUCGGUUCAUCUACAGCGGCGAGGAUAAGAACGCUCAGAGACAUCUUUCCGGCUGGGCGAUGAGAAACACCAACAACCACAACUGUCAGAUCCUGAAGAAGUCCUGUCUCGGCGUGGUGGUCUGUUCCCGGGGCUGCACGCUGCCCGACGGGUCAAGACUGCAGCUCCGUCCCGCCAUCUGCGACAAGGCACGGCAGAAACAGCAGAAGAAGCUGUGUCCGAGCUGUAACGCCACCCUGGAGUUGCUGCCGUGUCGCGGCCACAGCGGUUACCCCGUCACCAACUUCUGGAGGAUCGACGGAAAGGCCAUCUUCUUCCAGGCUAAAGGAGUCCAUGAUCAUCCCAGACCAGAGUCCAAGUCCGAGACUGAAGCCAGGAGAAGCUCAGUGAAGAGACGAGUCAGCUCUCCGCCGUUCACACCCAAGAGACGACUCAUCGAAACACAGGCUUUGGGCCCCACCCUCCUCUCCUGCGUCGAUCCAUCAGACAGACUGUCCUUCAUCGAGCCGAACUUCCCACAGCAUUACCCAGCAUUCCAGAGCCCAGAGCCCUACUACAACCCCCACAAUGCACUAGGGGACACCCCGCCCACACUACAGAAACCAGCCAAUCCCAGGCUUUACAUGGGCCGGCCCAGCUAUGAGUUCCAAGGAUACCUGACCUCGCCUUCCUAUCCUAUGACCUCUGACCUCUGUGACCCCAGGGUGGCCCCAGUCCUGGGAUCCUCAUCCUCCUCCUCUUCAUCAUCGGCUCCUCUCUCCUCCUCCUCCUUCGACCCCCAGACCAAGUCUCCCGCAGGCUGGAAGGACCUGCUGAAGAGCUCCGCCCCCUACGGUGACAACCACCACUAUUACAGCACCGAGUACCCCUGCCGUUACCCCACUAAUGCCCCAGGGUCCCCCGCAGCGCUGCAGACCAUCAUCACCACGACCACCAAGGUCUCCUAUCAACCCUGUCCAAAGCCUCCUGCAUCGCUGCCUUCCUACCCGUCCUGUCCUAAACCUUCGGCCGGACUCUCGUCCUACCAGUCCUGCGCUCCCCCAAAACCUCCAGGCCUGCCCGGCUGCUCCUCCAUGAUGGAUGAUGCCUCCCCUUCCUCAUACUCCACUGAGGUGAAGGUGACGGAGGAGUCGGGUGGAGUCAUCAAGUCUUUGUCAUUUCAGCCUGAACCUCUGCAGACCAAAACAGAGCGGGCCGACGGCUAUGACUAUCGCUACGCCUACCCCAACACGUACCGCUACGACGACUACUGACGCAGCACUACCCCCAACACCAUGACCACAAUUACCGCUACGCCUACCCCAACACCAUGACCACAACUACGCUACGCCUACCCCAACACGUACCGCUACGAUGACUACUGAUGCAGCACUACCCCCAACACCAUGACCACAACUACUGCUACGCCUACCCAAACACGUACCGCUACGACGACUACUGACGCAGCACUACCCCCAACACCAUGACCACAACUACCGCUACGCCUACCCCAACACGUACCGCUACGACGACUACUGGCGCAGCACUACCCCCAACACCAUGACCAUAGUUACGCUACGCCUACCCCAACACGUACCACUACGACGACUACUGACGCAGCACUACCCCCAACACCAUGACCACAACUACCGCUACGCCUACCCCAACACGUACCGCUACGACGACUACUGGCGCAGUACUACCCCCAACACCAUGACCAGAACUACCGCUACGCCUACCCCAACACGUACCGCUAUGACGACUACUGAUGCAGCACUACCCCUAACACCAUGACCAGAACUACCGCUACGCCUACCCCAACACGUACCGCUACAACGACUACUGACGCAGGACUACCACCAAAGCCGUGACCACAAUUACGCUACGCCUACCCCAACACGUACCGCUACAACGACUACUGACGCAGCACUACCCCCAACGCCGUGACUACUGAUACUACAACUAGUACUAGAAGUACAACAAUUACUUUAUCUACACAAGCUGUUUGGUUCAAUAUCUGAAUGGUGGACUGAACUUCUGCUGCGACUGGACGGUUUAGGAGCUGAGAGGAUCUUCAGGACUAAACUCUGAACUGAACCUAAACUUUGGCCCAUGAGAAACUUUCUGAAGAUGUUCAUGGAGUUCAUUCAUGUUCCCUAAGGAAGAUCCUUUUUCAUCUCACGACAGCUGUCCUCUAGCGCCCCAUUCAGGACAAAAAGUGAAGAUUUUGGACACAAGAUUGGACAGAAAUGUAAGAACACUCAAACUGGGACUUGGUGUUUCUGGAGCUUUCAGUCCCGUCUCAUGGCCUUCAGCAGUGAAAGGAGUUGAAUGGAGCAAUUGUCAUUUUAAUGGUUUUGAUAGUUGUCACGUGACAUAAGUGUGGAGUGCAUUUUGGUAUAGGUGGUGGAAUAUGUGUGGAGGUGGUCUCUGCAGGUAGAAGUGAGCUGUAUGUUUUAGGCCGUGAGCAGACAGGAAGUGUUUUUUUGCAGUGAAAGGUGUCUUUAUCCAGUUUUCUACAGGCAGCGUUUGGCGCACUGCUCAGCGCACUGCUCUGAACACCUCAAGUAGAAAAAACAAACUCAGAAGUGGAAAUCCCAACGUCAUUAGCUCUCUGUCUGAUCCUCUGAGUCCUCAGAAGUGAGGUGCUUUUGGUCACGUGAUGAUAAACUAAACCGUCCUGUUAUUUCCAAAGUCAUGUGUGAACCUUCAAGCUCAGGAUUCAGUUACUUUGAACCACAAAUGACCUCAGAAAGAACCAGCUCUUUAUUUCUAACAUCCUCUGUUUUAUAUUUGAACAUAUUUUAGUACGACACCCCCCUGUUUUCUGAUUCCACUCAAUCAAAAUGUUAAGAUAUUUUUGGUCACUGCAUUCAGAAAGUGUGUUGAACCUGUGGGAUUUAUCAUCAGGAAUGUUUGUGUUUGGGUUAUUUAUUGCAUCAGUCAGUAAAGUGGUUGGACUGACCUACAGUGUGAAAGUGAACUGGAUUGAACUGGACCGUCUCUGCUGCUGAAGGAAAGAAUCAGCUGCUGACUGAGAUGAGAACAUGUCAAAAUGUUUCUGUAUGAACUGAAGUCUCACAUUAA